UCCAUCUUUGUCUCUGUCUGUUUCUCUCUCUUUCUUUCCCUUUCUAAUUCAGCCCAAUUUGGACGUGAUAAUGGAGACAGUCGAAGAAAUAGUACCGUUGUUUGGGAUCCCUACAACAGCAUCUGUAAUUUUCACAUUUUUGGGACUUUUAGCAGGAAUUUUGUUCUACUUUUACGGUCCUUAUUGGUCUGUUCGAAAGGUACCUGGCCCUCCAACGGUUCCAUUUCUAGGUCAUCUUCCUCUGUUUGCUAAGUAUGGUCCGAAUGUUUUCUCUGUCCUUUCCAACCGCUAUGGCCCUAUUUUCAGGUUUCAUAUGGGUAGACAGCCAUUGGUAAUUAUAGCAGAUGCAGAGCUUUGUAGAGAAGUUGGUAUAAAGAAAUUCAAGGAUAUACCCAACAGAAGUAUCCCUUCUCCUAUUGCUGCUUCUCCUCUUCAUCAAAAAGGUUUAUUCUUCACAAGGGAUUCGAGAUGGACUACAAUGCGAAACACAGUUCUUUCAGUUUACCAGCCAUCUCACUUAGCCAGUUUGAUUCCCACAAUGCAAUCCUUCAUUGAAUCAGCAUCAGAUAAUCUCUGUUUUCACGAAGAAGAUGACAUCAAUUUCUCUAACUUGUCGCUUCAAUUGGCGACAGAUAUAAUUGGACAAGCUGCAUUCGGUGUCAACUUUGGACUUUCAAACCCGAAAGAAAAAACCCAAGUAGAAAACAAUGAAAAAUUUCAGGAUUUCAUUAAACAACAUAUAUUCUCUACUACAGCGCUCAAGAUGGAUUUAUCUGGUUCCUUUUCGAUUAUCUUAGGACUUCUUGUUCCAAUUCUCCAAGAGCCUUUUCGACAGAUCCUUAAACGGAUUCCUUUUACAAUGGACUGUAAAGUUGACAGAACUAAUAGAAAUCUCAGCAGGAUUCUCGAUGAGAUUGUUGUGAAAAGGAUGGAAGAAAAGGAAAGCGAUGGUUCUAAAGAUUUGUUAUCGUUGAUUUUGAAAGCAAGAGAGUCUGAAUCUGUUGCAAAGAAUAUUUUCAGUCCAGAUUAUAUUAGUGCAGUUACAUAUGAACAUCUUCUUGCUGGCUCAACCACAACUUCUUUUACUUUAUCAUCAAUUCUUUAUCUUGUUUCUGAUCAUCCUCAAGUUGAGAAGAGAUUGAUUGAAGAAAUUGAUGGGUUUGGUCCACAUGAUCAGAUCCCAACUGCUGAUGAUCUUCAAACCAAGUUUCCAUAUCUUGAUCAGGUAGUAAAAGAGGCGAUGAGAAUCUAUUUUGUUUCCCCUCUCGUUGCUAGAGAAACUUCUAAAGAUGUCGAGAUUGGUGGAUACAUUCUCCCCAAGGGGACAUGGGUUUGGCUGGCACUUGGGGUCCUAGCGAAGGACCCAAAGAAUUUCCCAGAUCCCGAAAAGUUCAAACCUGAGAGGUUUGAUCCAAACUGUGAGGAGGCAAAACAAAGACAUCCUUAUGCAUUUCUACCAUUUGGUAUUGGACCUCGAGCAUGUAUAGGACAAAAGUUCUCGAUACAAGAAGUAAAGUUGUCGGUAAUCCAUUUGUAUCGAAAAUAUACAAUUCAUCAUUCACCAAAUAUGGAGAGGCCUUUGAAAAUUGAGUUUGGUAUAGUCCUUAACUUUAAGGAUGGUGUCAAGUUGAGAGCAACUAGGCGUGCCAAAUGAAAAUAAAAGACUCAGGUUUUGUUGUUGUGGCUAUAUCUAUCUUAGUUUAUUUUCGAUGGUUAAAAGGUUGAAUUUAUAUUAUGUUUAUAAAUAAUAAUAAUGUUUUUCUAUCUUAUGG